AAAAUUGCGGCAACAGCGCAUUGGAUGGGCCCAACGGGAUUGCUCUAACGUUUGCAAGGUCACGUAUUCUCUUAUUAUUCAUACUCCAUAGAAAUUUCGUUGGCUGCACAGCCACAAGCUUAGUUUGCUACCGCCGACAAAGUUCCAAGUCCGAACAAAGGAAAAGAUGACGAGAAUGGCAUUAGCGCUCUUACAGCUGUUUUUAUCAGUGCUUUUUCUCUCACAUGUUACCAGUACUUCAGUAUUGGAGGGAGGAGGCAGAAGCAUCGGUAGCUUCCUUAGUAGUAUUGAUACCCAAGGAUAUUCACGGCAGCGAAACUUGCAGGAAUCCGAAGACCUACAUGAUGACCAUGAGCAUGAUCACCUUGAUGACUCUCAAGAGCAGCUUGCUGCCUCCUUCCAGUGGGCUGGAAUCUUCCACCUAGAACCACAGGUAUACUCCCUUGCUGUUAAGGUACCAGAGGAAGGCGACAGCCAUGCAGGGCACAAUCAUUUCCGACGGCUCCAGAAUGACGGACGCGUCCAUUCGUCCCAUGCUGAAGCUACUUCCUUCCACCGUUUACUGGCUGGGGACGACCCCAAUGGCUGCCACUGCGAUGGAACCCUAAUUCACUGUUCCGCAAGUGAGGCGGAGGCGUACUGUGAGUGCCAUGAACAUGAUGGUGUGACUGAGGUGCACUGCCAGGAAGUGGACCCCUCUUGCCAUUGUGAUGGUUCCUCCAUUCAUUGCUCCAAUGGGGACGAGGCAAUGGCUGAAGCAAUUUGUGACUGCCAUGAUGGUAACCUUGAAUGCAGUGGCGGUGAAGAAGACGAUCAUGCAACAGCCCAUAGUGCGGAGGUAGAUCCAUCUUGCCACUGUGAUGGAUCAGCGAUUCAUUGCUCGAGUGGUGAUGAAGCCAUGGCGCAAUCAAUGUGUCACUGUCAUGAUGGUAACCUUGAGUGCAGCGGUGGAGACCAUAAGGAGUCCGAAGAGUACCAUUUCCUGAUGGCUCUGAUUCCGGUAUCUGGAGAUGGUCAAGAUGGAAUCGAACAAGCCAUUGGUAUUGUCUCUGACAUGAGCAAGCACGAGGAUGCCAUCAUGGAUGUCAGCGAUGGAGAUACCAUUAUACCAUCCACAGACAAUGCUUACGAAAUGUUGUUGGUGGGUGAGUCGGUCGGUGCUUUAUCCAUCAAUAUCACUCAACAAUAUGAUACCGUCAACGGCACAGUCCACUUUGUGUUGUUUUUGCCUGGUAAUCCUUCCCAAGUGGAGGCUGCGGAGCAACAUUUUCUUGUAGACGAACAGGGGGGCGAAGUAUGGCCUGAAACGAUAAAGGUCUUGCAAAAAACAGCAUCAACGUCCGACCCCAGGGAGGGCAAGGACAAACCCUGGGGAACAGUGAUCGGGGCUACCCUACUCGUCAACCUUGUCACACUGAGUGGGGUCAUCUUUUUGGUACCAACACUCAGCACGGCCUUUAGGAGAGACAGUUUCAAGGAGGUAUCGAAAAGGCUGUGGACCAGCGCUGAUCCCAUUAUGGAAAACGUUGAGAAUCGCCGUGUUUUCGACAUGGGUAUCACGUCCUUUGCCUGCGGUGCGCUCCUGGCUACAACUUUUUUCUUGAUUGUGCCAGAGGCGAUGUUUCUUGUCAAUUCUAGAGGUGAAGAAGAAGAUCCUCAUGCCGGACAUGAUCAUCGGAUGCUGCAAGAAGAUAGUCACGAGGGACAUGAUCACGGAGACAGCACCUGGAUCUUUGGAACGUGCGUACUGGCAGGCUUCCUCUUGCCUAUGUUCCUUGCAUCCUUCUUUCCGCAUCAUUCCCACGGAAUGGAGACUGCGCACGUCCCUGUGGAUGCCGAUCCUUCGGUGAGUAAGGAAUCGGAAGAGGCGCAUGACAUUGUUGACGUUGAUGCGUUCAUUGAGAGCAGUUCCAACCUCAAAGCCGACUAUGCGGAUGUAAUUUCUGCCCGAGAUGACGUUGUAUCUUCGGACAACCGGAACAAAUCCGGCGAAGAGGAAGAAGAAUUGAAGGUAGAUAUAGGCUCGAAAAAGGGGGCAGAAGGAGUCCUAUCCGAGCAAGAUCGACCACCCGUUAACUGGAGGCUCGUAAGUGCCAUCAUUCUGGGUGAUGCCUUGCACAACUUUGCCGAUGGCAUCUUCAUCGGCGUUGGGUUCUUGCUUUGCGGCAAUACGGUGGGAUGGAGCAUUCUUGCCAGUACAAUCUACCAUGAGCUCGCUCAGGAGGUAUCCGACUUUUUCUUGCUCACAGAGCAUGCCCACUUGCCUCCGUUCAGGGCUCUGGUCCUGAACUUUGCGAGUGGCCUUUCGGUGACGUUGGGCGCAAUAGUCGUUUUGGCGUCAGAUGUUUCCAACUUUGCGAUCGGAGUGAUCCUGAGCAUGUCUGCUGGUAUCUACAUCAGUGUUGCGGCCAAAGAAUGCAUGCCUACAGUUGAUCGACUGGCUGAGACGAUGUUUGACCGCGCUUUGGCAUUUUGUUGCUUCGCUUUGGGAGCCAUUCCAAUCGGACUCGUUCUUUUGAACCACGGUCACUGCGAAGAAUAAAACGGAGAACGCACGAGCCGUGUUGGCACACCAACGUGGCUCCUCUCCUGUAUCGGGUUCUAUUAAAAUACUUCACUUGUGUCUCAACACUUAGCCUUACUUGGAUAGCCUGUUGUUGCUCGCUGGGGACAUAGGCAUUGUGAAGAGCAAUUGGUCAAGCAAGGCUCGACGCUAAAACAUAGUAGCAUGAACUAGCUUUUGAAGUCAGAUGUGUUGAAAUUCAACUGAUUCCACUGUGCUUCUUUGCUCUUUUGAAAAAUCACACAGCAGCUGUUGCGUACUUAGUUAGGAGUGUUUUGUCUUCCAAACCAGGUCAAGUAAACCC